GUGAAGCUAUUGUGCCAGCUUCGUUCUGCAGAACUUACUCGAUUUUUUGGUGCCACCUCCUGUUGGAAUAUCCUGGUUGGAACUUUGGGAGCGAUUUGCGGUCCUAACUAACUCGACAGCUGGAGUCGCGGCAUCUCCUUCAUUAUGUCGCAAGACACAGGACUGUUCAGCAUCAGGCGCCCCCGAGAGUCGAUGGCCCUCGGCAGCGUCCAGAACUACUCCGCUCUUCCCCAGCCCUCAUCUGCCUUGAAACGCACCAGUUCCGUCGGAUAUCAGAAUCCUCCCUUCACAUCGCAGCACGCGCGCUCCAUGUCAAUUAUGAAUUCUGCUAGUCGCCCACAACAGCCAAACUUUCAGCGAUCAUCAUCGGGCGGAGGCCUUGGUGCAGACGCUGGCCUCUCAUCAGUCCGACGGUCGGUGUCGAGCAAUAUUCUCCACGGACCCAGUGUUGGGCGUCCCAGCUUUGCUCCUGGAGCUAUGUCAUCAAAUACAGCAGCAGCACAGGCUCUACAACGAAGGAGCAGUGUUUUCUCGCGCCCAUCCAUGGGUGGCGCUAUGGCGCAUCAAUCGUUCUUCACCCAAGUACCCACAGUAGCCGGUGUUCCACGAGACCCAAGACCUCUCAGGGAUAGGUCUUUCCAGGCGCGGAUCGGUCAAGAACUCUUGGAGUAUCUGACGCAUAAUAACUUCGAACUUGAAAUGAAGCAUUCGCUAGGUCAGAAUACGCUCCGGUCACCAACCCAGAAAGACUUCAACUACAUAUUCCAGUGGCUAUAUCAUCGCAUUGACCCGGGCCAUAAAUUUCAAAAGAGUAUGGAUGCAGAAGUGCCGCCGAUCUUGAAGCAAUUGCGUUACCCUUACGAGAAAGGUAUCACGAAGUCGCAAAUCGCGGCGGUCGGGGGCCAGAACUGGCCCACCUUUCUUGGCAUGCUGCAUUGGCUCAUGCAGCUGGCGCAAAUGAUGGAUCGCUUUCUCCUCGGUGAAUACGACGAAGCAUGCGCAGAAAUGGGCGUGGACGUCUCUGGUGACCGUAUUAUCUUCCGAUUCCUCACCAGUGCAUACCAUGAUUGGCUUCAGGGUGGGGAGGAAGAAGACGAUGAGACAGCAGAGAAGAGACUUGUUCCGCAUGUCGAGAUGAUGGCCCAGGAAUUUGAAAAGGGCAAUGAGAAAUACGUGCAAGAGAUGCAGGUGCUCGAGGCCGAGAACCGAGCCCUCCGCGAUCAGAUUGAAGAGCUGGAAAAGAAUGCCCCGGAUAUGGCCAAGCUAGACAAACAUUUCCGGAUCCUGGAGGACGACAAGAGGAAGUUUGAAGACUACAACCAAAAUGUGCAGGGUAAGAUCGAAAAGUACGAGAAUCGCAUCAAAUUCUUGGAGGACGAACUCAAGAAAACCGACGCGGACCUUCAAGCGGCGGAGGACGAACGGUCCGGACUUCAGGCCAGUGUCGACCAGCAGGGUAUGACGAUUCAGGAUAUCGAUCGUAUGAACACCGAACGUGAGCGGCUACAGAAAAAUCUUGAAGACACUGCCAAUCGUCUGGAAGAAACGCACACUCGCGUCAUGGCCAAGGAGGCCGAAGCUAGCAAGAAGCUGGAAGAUUUGGAAGAGGUGGUCAAAGCCUACAACACCCUCGGCUAUCAGAACAGUUUAAUCCCAUCCUCUGCUGUGAACGCCAAGGGAGAUGAAUACGAGCUCAGUCUCAACGUCAACGAGAGUAAUUUCUCUUCGUCCCAGAUUGGUGGCUUACCGAGCAGAAUUUCCCCUGAGGGAGACAGGCUGCUCGCGGAGCCGUUCACGGGGUACCAUCCGGCCCACUUGUUGAACCUGGACUUGCGGGGUGCUGUUCGUAGUAACCUUCAGUCUCUUCGCAAGGAUAUAAAUGAACGCCGGAAACGCGCAAUUGAUGACGACAUGGAGCGUCGCAAUUUAUUAGACAACAUCAAGGAAGCGAUGGACGAGAAACGAAGCGAGGUCGAAGCCUUGGAACACAAGCGGCGCGCUGCUGAAGAAGAGUUCGAGAGGCUCAAAGAGAUCACCACUACUCAGAAGCUGGCCUCGGAUGCCCAGAUUGAGAAGAUGGAGAAGGAGCUGGCGAAGAUGCGCGCUACGCUAAGCGAAAGCGUUCAGCUGAUGGAACAACGUGAAAUGAACACCAACAUUGAAUACGAGCAGUUGACGCUUCGGGCGAAUUCGCUGCGGGAAGAACUACACACGAAUGUGGAAAGCAUGCUGAAUGAUGUGAUCCGCUUCAAAGUUCAUAUCCAGAAAGGACUGGAGGACUACGAAAGCUUUGUCGUAGAUGAAGUCGAGCAAGAGCUGGGAGGUGACAUGCAAUUUGCUGAAGAAGAGGAUAUUGAGAUGGCCGCCGAGGAGCUGUGAAAGCCAGCGAGCAAGAAGGGAGUUCACUUACAUUGUCGAUUUUGCAGGGCUUGUUAUAUCCAGCUGGAGUCUGUUGUUGGGGUCUAUUGCUCGGGCGCUAUUGGUAGGCUAUUGUCGGUGUUCUUGAUCUGUUGAUGUUUGUCUGGUCAUCCUCUUGGGCCUUAUGUCUCUGUCUCUUGUUUCAUUGAUACCUUUGGCUUUCAGUAGCUGUUCCGGUCACUGAUCUACUUUUGAGGGAGAUCUUAUGUACAUAUUCCCGGUUCUCAUCCUUUCUUACAGAUAAUGUCUACGAAGAUCCUGCC